UCUCUCUCUGACAGCUGGCAGAAAGACAUGCUCAGAACAAAGCUCCGAGCUUCUCCGCGGCGCAGAUAAGGGCUCCUCAGGUCGGAUUCUGGUCCUGGUCCUGGUGGUCUUCAGCAUCCUGUGCGGCGCAGCGGCAUGGAGCGCUCCUGAUCCAGCACAGCCCUUCUUCGGUCUCUCGUCGUGUCUUGGAUCUGUUUGGACGUUUUUAGGCCUGACUAUGUCUGCGCGCGAGAAAGGGAUCCUGACCAAAGACAGUGUCAGCCUGCUGCCCUGUUUUUACUUUGUGGAGCUGCCGAUCCUGGUAUCAUCUGUGGUCAGUCUUUACUUCUUGGAGUGGACGGAUGUGUUCAAGCCAGUUAAAUCCGGUUAUAACUGCCAUGACCGUAGCCUGAGCCUGCCCUACAUUGACCCGAACCAUGAAGUCAUCCCCUUGUUGAUGCUGCUUAGCCUGGCCUUCGCCGGACCAGCCAUCACAAUCAUGGUUGGAGAGGCCAUCUUGUUCUGCUGUCUGUCUCAGAGGAAGGGUGGUGCUGGAGCUGAGGCCAACAUCAACGCCGCCGGCUGCAACUUCAACUCCUUCAUACGCAGAGCUGUCCGCUUCGUUGGUGUUCAUGCAUUCGGCCUUUGUGCCACCGCCCUCAUCACAGACGUCCUCCAGCUGAUGACUGGCUAUCCAACACCCUACUUCCUCACUGUGUGCAAACCCAACUACACCUCUCUUAAUGUCAGCUGUGAGCAGAACCCCUACGUCAUGGAUGAUAUCUGCUCAGGAGCAGACCCUACAGCCAUCAACCAGGGCAGAAAAUCGUUUCCAUCCCAGCACGCUACCCUCGCAUCCUUCGCUGCUGUCUACGUCUCGAUGUAUUUCAACAGCACGCUGACAGACUCCUCCAAGCUGCUCAAGCCUCUGCUCGUCUUCUCCUUCAUCAUGAGCGCCAUCAUCUGUGGUCUGACCAGAAUUAUUCAGUACAAGAACCAUGCCCUCGAUGUCUACCUGGGGUUCCUGCUGGGAGGAGCUAUUGCUGUGUACCUGGGGUUGUAUGCAGUUGGAAAUUUCCAGUCCAACGAGGAGUCCAACCAGAGUCCCCCUCCGAUUGCACAUCACCCCACCUGCUCCUUGCCUCAUGUAAGCCAGGAGGCGGUUCUUCACCACCUGCAGAUGAAGGCUGGUUUGGCCGGUGAGCCUGGUAUGACCACCUCCCACUCUGAAGGCCUGCUUCACCGAGGCCUUCAGCAACAGAGAUCUGAUGAAAGCCUGAAGCGCUCCAGUGCAGACGUGGAAGUCAUUUCUCCACGCAGCCCUCAGAGCAAAGACGCCAUGAUGACUUUUAGCCACACCCUCCCUCGGGUUCACACCCCUCAGGCCAUCGCUGCUUACGAGGAAGCCGCCAGACGUCAUGCUGCCACCCUCCACCAUGCCUCCAUGGACUCCAGCCGCUCUAAGCAGCUUCUGUCUCAGUGGAAAAGUAAGAACAACCAUAAGUGCUCCAUGCUGGUCACAGAGUCCUUCUCCUCCUCUGUAGACUCAUCAUCUGGUCAGUCCACCCAGCAUCCGCAUCACCACGGCAGCAUGGAGCUCCGAUCCACCUCUGAACCAUCAGCCAUGGGCCUAAACGGGGGCCUUGAUGGUCAUGCGUACCUGUCCAAGCUACCCACAGGUGCUAGCACCACCCUGCCCAGUAACUGUAGUGGCAUUGCAGGAGGGGCCAGGAUAUCCAUGCAAUCCAGACCAGGAUCGUCACAGUUAGUUCACAUACCAGAAGAAGCUCAUGAAAAUUACAAUGCCACCUCCCAGAGGAUGAUGGGAGAAGGUGGAGGCGAUGGAAUGUCGAUGGUGAAUAGCACAGUUCAGGUGAACUGGCAGAGGGCAGCAGAGAAGACUGCAGCAUGCAGGACUAACGACAACAUGUCCAACACCCAACCACGAAUCAUGCAGGUCAUCGCCAUGUCCAAGCAGCAGGGGCUGCUGCAGACCCACUCUAAGAGCUUAGACGAGAGCAGCAUGGUCAACAACGCUAACGGGAGCUGCCCGGCGACCGGCCGAUAUAGGGCGCUAACUGACCACGACCCCACCAGCACCACUGGGCCCAGCUCACUGGGCAGCACUGCAGGCAGCAUUUCAGGAAGCACCGGAGCAAUCGUCAGAGUAGAAGCCCACCCUGAAAAUAUCAGACCAGUGAUCCAAGCUCCAUCCACAGAUGGAAGUGGGUCAUGGAGGUGGCGCUCCCUGGAUCAUGGGACUGGACCUGGUGGAAGUACAGGGACUAGCAGUGCCGGUACUGCAGGUCCAGGACCUGGGAGCUUGAGGCAGUCUUUUGAUCACAAUGAUAAUAACAUAGACUCAGAGAGCUCAGAUUCGGUACGUGAAGGGUCUAUUGACCGGAAGCGUGGCAACCACAUUGUUACCACCACGUCUUCUGUUUGCACCCCACCAAUAGUUACUGUUCACACCCAGAGCACCAGCCAGUCCGAGCAGAGGCUCCACCCUCAGGGCCUUUCUACCAUAAGGGUCACUCCAGGAGAUGGUUCUGGACCAGGAGGAGCAGAGUCCACAUCGGAAAUACCCUCGGUCGCUUCCAGUCGUGAGUCCACGCUCCGAAGAAAAGGCAAUAACAGCAUCAUGAUCCCAGAGAGAGCCAACAGUCCGGAUAACGCUCGGAAUAUUUUCUACAAGGGAACAUCCAUCACGCCUGUUUUCAAGGACUAAAAGACUAAAUAACUCUACGGUCCUACGAAGAUGCAGCAGAUGUAGGGCAGCUCUAUUUUUAGAAGAUCUGGUGACACCAGUCAGUAUUAAUACACAACUUGAAAAGAAUAAAAAGAUUUUAUGUAGCAUGAUUUUUGUACAUGUUUACACUGAAGCACAACCAUUUCCGUGUUGUAGAAAUUAUCACUGUGUACUUUUGUGGUCACUCCUGAGGAAACCCUGUUGUAAUGUCGAUGCUGUGCCAGUAGUUUCCAGGAGGGAAGAACUUUUUAAUGAGUUUUGGAUAAAAAAAAGAAAAGAAAAAGAAAAAUGGAGUGAGAAAGUUGAGUUUAAACUGUAGCUCACCACUGCAGAACUCCUGUGUCAUAGCUGUGAAACCAGUGUUUACUUCCCUGCAUUGUAAAUACUGUGUUACGCCUGAAUGCGGUGCUACAUCACGUUAUAAUAUUUACAGACUAUAACAUAUACUGUACUAUCAGAAUAGACUAUUUUACAAAGAUUUACAACUGAGACAUGAAUAUGUCCAAAUGUUUUCUAUUUUGCAUCUUUUCUGUACAGACUCCACAUUCAGCAGAAUACUGUUUGAACCAUAAGUGUGCUUAGCAGUCCUCCUGUAGCUACGAAGUCAAAUAUGCGGCGACUUGCACUGAAACGAGCGGUUACUCUGCCCUGCAUCAUGCAUAUCCCAACCUUUAUACCCUGUACAUACUUUUGGACAUCCAUGUCCACGAAGAGGAGAAAAUGAAUUC